CUUCUCCUGAGAGCCAAUAGCAAAGCUAAAAUCAAAAAGAGAAUAUUUUGAAUUUUUUGAAAGUUAAUCGAUAUUCAAAGUGUUUUUUGGAAUUUUAAGAAUAUUUGAAAUAAAGAAGAAAUAGAGAAAUAACUUGAUUUAAAUUGUCAAGAAAAUUCAAGUGCGAAAAUUGUGCAGCAAAUUUUUUGUGCAAAUAUUCAAUACAAAUUAACAAAUUGUGGAAUUUAAGUGAAUUAAUUAAAAAAAGAAACAAGAACAUACAUUUUGAAAUUGAAUUUUGAAAAAUUUAAAGGACAUUUCCCCAACAAAAAAGUGAUUUGUUGGCCGUUUGCAAAUUGAAGAACUGUUAAACUUGUUAAAUAGUGAAUUGAUACAGAUCCAUACCAGUUACAAAGAUGCAUUUCCAGAGUCAAUUGUUGUAUAAACUUACCUUUGGCACAUUUUUGAUGCUAUGGGCCCACAGUACAUCGGCCGCCGACAUGCUAAGGGAUGGUGGAGAUUCCCUUAAUUCGUUGUAUGACAACUUGUUGCAACGUGAAUACAUUGGACCCAUUGCCUUUCCCAAUCACCAGGUCGAACGCAAGGCUCAACGAUCACCUUCGCUAAGGUUGAGGUUUGGCAGACGUAGCGAUCCGGAAAUGAUGACUCAACUCCCUGAAAAACGUUGGUUUGGUGAUGUCAAUCAGAAACCCAUACGUUCACCCUCGUUACGCUUGCGUUUUGGGCGACGCAGUGAUCCCACCAUGCCAUUGCACAGCCCUUUUGAUUUGUUGAUGAAUGCCCGACAAAAUGCCGAUGCCAGUAAUUCGGCCAGCAACACUGAUGAUUAUAAUGAUAUCUUUGAUAAUUACUAUGAACGUGUUGUACGAAAACCCCAGCGAUUGAGGUUUGGCCGUAGUCUCCCUUACCAAAGCGAUUUGUCGGCCUCGGCUGCUGCUUCGGAUAAUUAUGAAUCACAAAAUGUUGACGACUCAACUGUAUCGAAUAACGGCGAUGAUGAUUUCUACAAUACUUUGUUGCACUCGCAAAAGUUGAGGAAUUUAUUGUUGACUUUAAGGCAAUUCCAGGAGGCUAAUUCACCCAACAACAAUGACGAAUCGUCAUCGAUGGAAAACGAUAUGGACGAAUUUGAACGUGCCAUCCGUAAGCCAGCCCCAUUGCGUUUACGUUGGGGUCGCAGUACCGGUGGCCGUAGCUCACAGAUGAUGAAUGAGGACAAAACUAAGGUGGAAUUGGAUGAAAAGAAAAAGCUAUCACCCAUUUCCAACAACGUUGAGAAGACCGAUAACCAACAGCAACAACAACAAAACAAAGACUAAAUUCAUGCAGCUAUACAAGAACACCUCACAACUGAAACACUGAAUUUCAAGGAUAAUGAAUGGAUUUGAAAGUAAAACUGAAUGACUUCAAUUAUUAAAUGGAAAUUUAUUAUUAAAUGUAUAAUAAUAAUAAAAACAAAAACUAAAGAAAACACAAGCUCUCUUUUUUGAAAAAAUAUUCAUAUUCAAAAAAAUAGAAAAAUUGAAAAAAAACAUAACAUCUAAAAUAUUAACAAAAAAAAUAUUGCGAAAAAAACAAAAUAAAUACAAAAUAUCUACUAUAUACAACUCAAAUUGAAUACUAAACGAUGAACAACAACAAAUGUCCAUAAACUUUAACACAUAAACAACAACAAAAAACACAAAUGGAAAAAUAACGAAGGCAGCAAAGAUGAAAACAUACAUUUUUUGGAAAGUUCUGAUUUUUUGAUAUUCAGACACGAAUUCGUUUUUUGUUCUUUUGAAUAUUUUUCUUUUUUUUUAAUUAUUUCUCAAAACUAUUGUAAAUAGCAAAAUCCCACAAAAACACAACAAAGAAAAUCUCUCUUAUUUUAGCAUUUAAGUCAAGAAACAAGUAUUAUUUUUGAAAACUUUUAGAGUUAAUGGAAUUAAAAAAAAUACAGAAACAUGUUGGCCCCCCUUAUUAGGAAAAGUAAAGUCGUUCUACAACCUAACCUAAAAAUAAUUAUGAUAUAUUUAACUGUUUACGCAACUUCUAAUCGGAAAAAAAACAUAUUUUUAAUUUACACCAUCAUUUAAAA